AUGUCCGCCUCUUUAAUCUUAUCACAGUUCGCGGCCUUAGUAGCCCGCGCGGAAUCAAUGGAAAAGAAGCUUUCUCCGAGGAAAAUCCGACCAACCCGAGAUCAACUGAAUCAACUCCGUGAACAUAGGGACAAGCUGAGAACGACUUUAUCGAAACUUGACGCCGAAGUCACGAGCCUAAUACAGCCUGAUGAGGAAAUUGUCAAGCUCCUGGAUAGAAUUCGGUCGGGGAAAAAUUCCUUGGCGUCUAUCUCAACAGCCCUUUCAAGGAAUCUGAUCUUGAUCUUUACUGGUCCCAAGGACUCUAGUCUGGACUCAGUACAGGUGACAGCGAGUAAAAAGCACACUCGAAAAAGGUGCCUGAAAUUAAGGAGCCAACAUCCCCAUGUUACAUUGAAGUGGGCACAAGCUCUUCCACCGUCGACUUGGAAGUCAAGAGGAAUGACCGAUGGUGCUUUCGAUUACCUUCUGGAAGCGCUGGAAGCGGAGCGAUUGGAUAGCGUUCUACCAAUGGUACAUAAUAUUUUGCAAUCCUUGGAAAAGGAAGAGCCGUUGAAUUCGUGUGAUGCAUUCAAAUCAUUCGUGUCAGAAAUUUUGAACACAACCACGGCGGAUGAAAGCAGAAACACUUCGAAUAUAAGCCAACAAAAGAAAAGGUCUAUUGCAACAGACACUACACAUGGUGCUCCGCCUAGGAAGAUCCUAUGCACAGAAGCGCGGUUCCAAGAAAUCGAUUAUAAGGGGUCGUCAAUGCCGACAAGUAAGCUGCCGCUUUUGAUUGACAGGCUUUCGACGGCAAUAAAGAGCAGUGAGCAGUGGAAAUGGGAACGCAGAAUAUUCUUGGAGAAUAGUGGAAUGUUGGAAGCGAAUAUGGUGGACAGAACGGAUUGUUUGAAUUUCUUCGUUCCCAAAGAUCGAAAUCACGACAUCUCCAUCACUCUAACAGUCGGCCACGAAGUUGGACUAGAGGUGAUUGGUGAGGUGGAAGCUAUUGACUUGUGAAAGUCACAGUUGCUCCUAUCACACGAACUCGGCACCCAGGAGGCACUGUCGCUGUUUCUUCCUUUGAAGGGUCGUUUUCCCAGACUGGAGGAGAAUCAUAGUCCACCUUCGGAUCAUAAAUCAUUAUGGAUUUGCCUUUUCCAGUGAUUUUCCUAGCAUAGUCCGCCUCUCGAAAUAAUUUGAAGCCUUUUAUGUCGUACAAAACGUCGUCCUCCGCGGUAGUCCCAAUGCCAUCAGACAUUUCCCAAACGACAAUGGCGAAAGUUGUUGGUAAUCGAGGGAACCCAGAAUCGAUAUUGCGAGUCUUAGAAGGAGUGACUGGGGAAGAAAGGUAGCCAACUUACUGUCAGCAUACUCAAAGCGAAGAUAUGAGGGAAGUUACCUCUGGCCUUUCUCCUCGCGCCCGCAUCCAAGGACGUGAA